AUGGAUAACAUCACAUCACAAUUAUCUAGAUUAGCUUACGAAGUCUACAAUAAUAAACCAUUAUUUGAUGUACGUGUUGAUCAGCUACCAGAAAUAAAAAUGAAACAAUGCGAACUGGACUCUGAACCCAUUGAUUGCAAAGCAGCUACCAAAUGUACCCAAAAGAGUGGUUAUUACACAAUAUAUUUACUGGGAAAUAAAGCAAAACAAAUUAUGGUAUUUUGUGACAUGGAAAUUGCUGGUGGUAAUUGGAUGCACAUUUUAAGACGCAUUGAUGGUUCAGAAAAUUUUACACGUCCUUGGUCUGACUACGUAAAUGGAUUUGGUAAUGUGGAGAAGGAGUACUGGAUUGGGUUAGAGAAUUUAAAUGCUUUCACUAACAACAAUGGUCGGCAGCAGUUAUAUGUUCAUUUAUGGAAUCCUACAGGAGAGUCUAAUUAUGCUUCGUAUAAUAACUUUUUAGUAGGAAAUGCGACGGAAACUUACAAACUAAAAUCUUUAGGUGAAUAUUACGGUACAGGUGGAGAUGGUAUACGACAUAAUUUGGAUAACGAAUUUAGAACCUUUGAUAAUGAUAAUGUCAAAUGGGAAGGUGGCAAUUCUGGUUCUAAAUACGGCGGAUGGUGGCAUAAUGAACGGACAUAUUCAGAACCUACUGGUAACUAUUAUACAUCUGGUAUUACGUGGUAUAAUAGGAAUAUAAGCAAGUAUUAUUCUUAUAAAAUCGUGUACUUUAUGAUACGAAGUGUAUAA